UGGAGGAUCGAUGAGAAACCAGUGAAGAUCGAUAAAUGGGACGGAGCCGCUGUGAAGAACUCUCUGGAUGAUGCUGCCAAGAAGGUGCUCCUGGAGAAGUACGGGUACACGGAGAACUUCCACCUGGUGGACGGCCGGCUGAUGAUCUGUACAGUUUCCUGUCUCUUCGCCAUGCUGGCACUGGUCUGGGACUACCUGUACCCGUUUCCUGAGUCCAGACCGGUCCUGGCCUGCUGUGUCAUCUCGUACUUCAUCAUGAUGGGCAUCCUGACCCUCUACACCUCCUACAAGGAGAAGAACAUCUUCCUGGUGGCUCUGCAGAAAGAUCCAGCUGGAAUGGACCCGGACCACAUGUGGCAGCUGUCGUCCUCCCUCAAACGGUUUGACGAUCAGUACUCCCUCAGAGUCUCCUUCAGAGACGGGAAGACGAAGAACUCGAGGGACGCUGAGUUCACCAAGUCCGUGUCGGCGUUCUUCGAUGAGAACGGGACUCUGGUCAUGGACCACUUUGAGAAGAGUGUCUCCAAACUUCACGACACGCUGGCCGUGGACAAGAAGACUAAAUGAGUCCUGCUGCAGGUCCUCUGCUGUCCGUUUGUCUCAAACAUCAGACCCAGWCUGAGUUCUUCUCUGAUCCACAACCAACCAGUUCGGGUUCUUUAAGUCUCACUCCUGAAGCUCCUCCCACUGCAGCCAACUGGACCCAACUCUGAACCAGGUUCUGGACCCGUGUUUUCUGAUCAACCAGAACCUGAAGAACCUUUGAUGUGAUCAGAUGUUUGAGACAGACUGAAACCAACGAAGAAGAAGCAGGAGGACCAUCAUCAUCAGUGACAUCAGUCAGGUUUUUUUUUUUUCAACAGAACCUGAACCUGGCAGUUCUCCAUCCGACCCGUCUCUGGUUCUGGUGUCCAAACGAAGCAGCAGCUGGAGUUUUCAUCAGUAUUUUUUAGUUUAUGUUUAAAAAAAAUAAAACCGUUUCAGAUUCAAAA